AUGUCUUGCUGCGCACUACCAAGGGCCAUCUCCAACACCUGCACACCAUUCCUGUAUCCAUGCCUCGACACCACAUGGCGCCCGGCAAGCACCACCUUUCGGCGUUCCCGCGCGUUGCCUAGGCUGCCUGUUCCUGUCUCUACACGAUCUCAAUCUACUGCUACCUCGGCCACCCACGAUGGAGCCUCGUCGUCGGAAGAGAUAGACGUACGGCAGUCUGGACAUCUCGAUCCAGCACCCAGCGACUACUCCGCAGCGCCCUUCACCGACGCCUGCACGUUGAGUGUCAGUGCAGGAUCAGGUGGACACGGCUGCAUAUCUUUCCUACGCGAGAAGUACAUCGCGAACGGACCUCCCAAUGGGGGCGAUGGCGGCACUGGUGGAUCAGUGUAUAUACAGGCCAUCAAGGGAGAAACCAGCCUGCACAAGCUGGCACGUCGAGGUACCCUCAAAGCAAGCAGAGGAAGGAACGGACAGGGCAGCCUGAAGGGUGGCGCGCGAGGAGAAGACCUCCUGAUCACUGUGCCUGUGGGGACCGUGGUCAGAGAACUGUCACGAGUAGAUCCCCUAGCAGAGCAGCAGCGACUGGAUGAGCUGGCUGCUGGUCGCGGUGACGAUGCAGAGGAUCUGCAGCCAUAUCAGCGCGACAAGUUUCUGAUAUACCCAGGCUUCUUACCCAAGGCCUUCAGCAGCGCCGACUUUCCUCGCGUCCCGAGAGCGCGCAAGAGUACCCUGACCUCGCUACAGCCUCCUGCUCCUCUACGUCUUGACCUCGACAAGCCCAUGCAGACUCCGAUGCUCCUUGCUGCAGGCGCAAUGGGAGGCCUAGGCAACCCGCACUUCGUCACCCGAGCUCUACCUCGCCCAAAGUUUUCGACGAAAGGAGACGAUGGCAUGCGAAUCAACUUGCAGCUCGAGCUGAAAUUACUCGCCGAUGUUGGUCUCGUUGGAUUGCCGAACGCUGGCAAGUCCACACUUCUCCGAGCAUUGACUAAGUCGAGGACGAGAGUCGGCAAUUGGGCGUUCACAACUCUUAACCCCAACAUAGGCACUGUCAUCCUCGAUUCGCAUACUGGAAGACCUGUGCUAGACAUCAAAGGUCGUCGCAAGGAGCCAAGGACGAACUUCACCAUCGCAGACAUUCCAGGUCUUAUCGAGGGUGCACACCUUGAUCGCGGACUCGGUCUCGGCUUUUUGCGACACAUUGAAAGAGCAGCGGUCUUGGCUUUCGUUCUCGAUCUAUCAGCACGCGAUGCCAUAGAGGCCUUGAAGGGCCUGUGGCGCGAAGUCGGCGCAUACGAAAAGAUCAGGGAGCAAGAGCUGAAUGCAGACACCGAGCGUGUUCAGCCACAAGAAGAUGGUGUGUUGUCCUUCAAACCUUUCGAGAGCUCCAUCUCGCCAGGUAUGGAGCCAGAAUCUGCUUCAGAGCAUGGCGGAGACAACGUGCUCAACGCACCUGCGGGCAGAGCUCUUCCACCACUGUUACUGCCACCAAUUAGUAGCAAGCCGUGGCUUGUCGUGGCUACAAAGGCAGAUCUUCCCGAAACGCAAAAGAACUUCCAGCGAUUGCACGAAUAUCUGACUAAGGUCCAAGCUGGCGAGGAAGAGCAUCCGAGCUGCAAGAAGAACGCCUGGCGGAACAGACUGCACGCGGUGCCUGUGUCCGCUAUCAACAAGCAAGGUGUUUCAGGCCUCCCUGAGAUCAUACUGGGACUGCUGGACGAUUGA